AUUUUCUGAGUUUCUGGUUGGACACAGUUUACAUUAUUCUCAGUCUGAAAUUAAAUUCAAAUUUAAUUCAAUAAUUGAAUGAUGUGAAAGUACGGAUCGAUCACACUCAGGCUCAGGGGGGAGUCUCCAGAUGUUCAGUUUGUUCUUCUGCUGAAACAAACCGGCUGUUGAACUUGUUCUGUAACAUAUUGAAAAUGAACUGUAUCAUAAACAUUACAUUUCAUUUAGCUGACGCUUUUAUCCAAAGCGACUCACAAUAAGUGCAUCAAACCCGAGGGUACAGACCAAGGACGACAAGAAUCAAGAAAAUACAAUUUCUUCAAAUAAAGCAAAACUACAAAGUGCUAUAAGUAAGAGCCAUUUAAGUGCUACUAAAGUGUUAGUUUCAAAAGUUGUUAGUAAUUUUUUUUUUCUCAUUUAAGGUAAAGUCGGAAGAGGUGUGUUUUUAGUUUUCGGCGGAAGACGUGUAAACUUUCUGAUGUCCGGAUGUCAAUGGGGAGCUCAUUCCACCAAUCAGGAGCCAGGACGGAAAACAGUCGUGUUUUUGAGUGUUUAGCAGUGAGGGAGCAACGAGCCGAUUGGCCGAAGCAGAGCGGAGUGAACGUUUGACCAGGUCCUGGAUGUAGACUGGACCGGAUCCGUUCACAGCAUGUCCUCCCCCGGUGCUCGGUGUCUGAUCGGAGAGAGAGAACCGGAGCCGCAGACCGAGGAUCAGCUCCACCUUCACCGACCACCGGAGCUCCAUCACCGGCCUGAGUCCGGAGCUGCAGCCCGCUCCUCCUCCUUCUCCUCCGCUGGAGAUCAUCACGGUGACAGAUCGUCUCUUCACUUGUUCCUUUGUUCAUCCCUCCGUCCCUCCGUCCCUCCGUCCCUCCGUCCCUCCGUCAGCCAGAGGCUCUGAUGAGAGGUCGGCACAGAGGGCAGAGCGGACAGCACCUGUCAUGGCCGGUGCAGCGGACGGUGCAGGCAGUCUGACUGCGGAGCAGAACCACCUGAGUGUCACUGAUCAUGGAGCCUGGGCCACAGCCAUGAACAACCUGGGCAUCAUGCCUGUGGGCAUCAGUGGACAACCGCUGGUGUCAGACUCUCUGUGUCUCCAGAGGUUCGAUCCCAGCCUCGGCCUCAUCGCCCCCAUCAACCCCCUGAUGGCGGGCAUCAGCCUGGUCCCGCCCCCCCCCGUACCCCCGGACACGCCGGUCAUCAAAGAGAUUAUUCACUGCAAGAGCUGCACGCUGUUCCCUCAGAACGCCAACCUGCCCCCUCCAUCGAUGCGGGAGCGCCCCCCCGGCUGCAGGACGGUGUUUGUCGGAGGUUUGCCGGAGAACUCCUCGGAGGAGAUGAUCAGGGAGGUGUUCGAGCCGUGUGGAGAGAUCACCGCGCUCCGCAAGAGCAAGAAGAACUUCUGCCACAUCCGCUUCAACGAGGAGUUCAUGGUGGACAAGGCUAUUUACCUUUCAGGGUAUCGGAUGCGGAUCGGAUCCAGCACCGACAAAAAGGACUCCGGGAGGAUCCAUGUGGACUUCGCUCAGGCCAGAGACGAUCUGUAUGAAUGGGAGUGCAACCAGCGGCUGCUGGCCCGAGAGGACAGACACCGCCGGCAGGUCCACGAGGACCGCCUGCGCCCGCCGUCCCCUCCCCCUGUAGUGCACUACUCUGAGCACGAGGCGGCCAUGUUGGCAGAGAGACUGAAAGACGACCAUAACUUCGGCGAGGCCACGACGGUGCUGUUCACGUGGAUCGACCGCGGCGAGGUCAACCGCCGAACGUCCAAUCACUUCUACUCCAUGGUCCAGUCGGCCAACGGCCACGUGCGGCGGCUGCUGAGCGAGAAGGCUCAGCACGAGGAGGAGCUGGAAGUCGCCAAAGAGGUCUUCAAGAACGCCCUGCUCUCCAUCCUGACUCAGUUCGAGAAGAUCUCAGCUGUUUUCACCGCCACCACGAGGCAAAAGGCGUGGGACCAUUUCUCUAAAGCUCAGCGCAGGAACAUGGACAUUUGGAGAAAGCAGUGUGAGGAGCUGAGAAACGCUCACAGUGAAGAGAUCAUGGGAAUCAGACGAGAGGAGGAGAUGGAGAUGUCCGACGACGAGCUGGACGAGAAUCCCUGUAAGAGGCUCCGCACUCAGGAGAACGGAGUGUGGGAUCAGGCGUCUCUGCGGGAGGAGAACGACUCCCUGCGCUGGCAGCUCGACUCCUACAGGAACGAGGUGGAUCUCCUGAGGAAGGAGCAGACACACAGUCCAGACGCUCAGAUCCAGCAGCUGCAGCAGAAGAUGAUCAACAUGCAGCAGCAACUCCUCAGCCUGCAGGAGAAGCUGACGAGUAAAGAAGCCGAACUGGAGCAGGCGAGAGACGAGCAUCGUUACCUGGAGGGGGAGGGGCUCCUGCUCCGAGACAAGUUACUGAACAGUCCUGUGGAGGCGUUGGAGGGAGCCAAUCGUGAGCCACAUGAGAAGGGGAUGAACGGUUGUGUACCAUCACUGUUCCACAGCAGAGACAGGAGGAGUGAUGUCAUCAUGAGGGGAGGAGUCACUUCAGAGAAAGAGGCUCUGCUUCUGGGCGUCAUCUCCACGUUCCUCCACGUUCACCCGUUUGGGGCGAACCUGGAAUAUCUGGUGUCGUACGUCCAGAGACUCGACUCCAAAGUGUCGGCCGGCGAGCUGGAGCGCCUCAUGGUCCGACUGCCCGCCGUGUUCCGUCAGGAGCUGAGCGGCGUCGGAGCCACGCUGGAGAAACGAUGGAAGUUCUGCGGCUUCGAAAGCCUCAGUUCAGUGUGACGCAGGAGCCACGUGCACACGCCAGGACAACACGUUAAGAGACACGCGUGACGCUGCAACCCUUUAGUCCGUGUGCGUGUCACACACACAGUGUCGUCAUGGGAAUCAGGAGACACUUUGAAACUUUAUCAGACUGAACUCAUCAUGUGACCUGCGAACUUCCCUGACCUGAUCAGGCUCCGCCUUUUCUCUUCUUCAUGUUGAAUCAACACAAACAGAGAAAAGAAGAAACUUAAACCAAAGCUAAUCCUCGUGUGUUUACACCAUGAAACCAGUUUCAAACCAGUUUCAUUCAUCCACACAACAGGAGCUUUUAUUUCUGGGGCUCCUUCCACACGGACACGCUUUCAUUUUAAAACUGUCGUUAGGGAAAUCGCUCCCUGGGAUGAUGUCCGUGGGUCAUGAAAUGUAUUUAUAUCAUGAAACUGUACGAAGACUCACUUUGUCUAAAGAGAGAUCAUUUAAUGUUUUUACUCUGGAUAGAAAAAACUUCAGACUUAAAAGAUGAGCAAACGGUCUGAAGUGUCUGAUCAGGACGAGAGAAGAAGAAGAGAUGAAGCUGAGGAGGAGGAGAGGGAGAAGGAGAGGAAGGAGGACGAGCUGCCAGCUUUACAUUACUGAACAUCGCAGUCAAAAAAGAAAAGAUGAAGUGAAGUUGUUUUGUAUCAAAUGAGGUGUUUCUUAUUUAAAUA